AUGCCUGCCAGAACACUACCCACGAUCACGAUCGCGGACGUCCAGGCCCAUAACACCUCCAAGUCGUGCUAUGUCACGAUAGGCACCAAGAUUUACGAUGUCACGGACUUCCUCGAAGGCCAUCCCGGUGGUGGCGACCUUAUCCUGGAGCACGGAGGGCAGGACGUUGGGGCGAUAAUGAAGGAUGAGAUCUCGCACGAUCAUUCCGAGGCUGCAUACGAGAUUCUAGAUGAAUGCCUCGUGGGCUUCGUCGUCUCCGAGAAAGUCUUGGACGCCGUGACGGAAAGCGAGCACCCCGAUGAUAUCGUGCCACUGCCGCCGUCGAAGGAGGGCAUGGCAGACCUCAAGGCGAAUGGAGCUGAAAAUGGAGUGGCAACGGAGCCGCUUUAUGCUGCUACUGGAAUGUCUACCGAGGAGGACUUGUCGAAGGAAACUGACCUUACGGACGAUUAUAAGACAUGGAAAUUCUUGGACCUGAACAAGCCGCUAUUCAUGCAGAUGAUCAGGAGCAAAUUCAACAAGCAGUUCUAUCUUGAGCAGGUCCACCGGCCGAGACAUUACAAGGGAGGAGAUUCAGCACCGUUGUUUGGAAACUUCCUGGAACCUUUCAGCAAGACCGCCUGGUGGAUGAUUCCAACCAUCUGGCUACCUCCAGUGAUGUAUGGGACCUUUAUAGGCUUCCUAAACCUUGGAAGCGUACCGGAGGCGGCUGCAUAUUGGUCCCUGGGCCUCUUUUUAUGGACUCUUGUUGAAUACAUUCUACAUCGUUUCCUGUUCCACCUUGACUACUACCUACCCGACAAUCGCUUUGCUUUUACAUUACAUUUCCUCCUCCACGGCAUACAUCACUACCUUCCUAUGGACAAAUAUCGCCUUGUCAUGCCGCCUGCUCUCUUCCUUGUUCUAGCCACACCAUUCUACAGGCUCGCACAUUUCGUUUUCUCCUACAACAAGUAUGCCGCAACUACAGUCUUUAGUGGUGGCAUCUUUGGUUACAUCUGCUACGACCUGACCCACUACUUCCUCCACCACCGAAACCUACCAGCGUGGUACCGAUCGCUCAAGAAGUACCACCUCAAGCACCACUUCGCCGACUACCAGAACGGCUUCGGUGUGACCAGCCGAUUCUGGGACUGGGUCUUCAACACGGAGCUGGUAAUGGAGCAGCCUAAGAUCGUGAAGGCGGCUUAG